CAUCCCUUUCCCCACGGCAUCUUGGACGAAACGCAUCCAGGAGGUCAGAGACUGGGAAGACUGGCUUUCCAUGCAAGAAGAUCUGGACGAAAAGCUAGGGGCCAUACUGACCGGCCGCUACAUGCAUAUUCUCUGGGCCAAUGCCGGGAAGCCAAAACCGGAGGAGGCGGAACUGGUGGAGUCCAUCAAGCGGGUGACCACGGACUUUGUGUCCAGGCCAGCCACUAUCGGCCUCGGGUUGCACGCGUUCCGGAUUGAUCCCUACGCCAAGCCGAUCGUCGUGCAUGUGGUUGGAGCUUCCCACGUAGAGACCCUCAACGCCCGGGUAACGGACUACGACGAGCUGUCCCGCAUGUUUCCUAAACACCAGGGCGUCGAGGUGGUGAUGGUGGGCGUCGACGUGGUCGACGGGCCCAUCAUGAGGCCUCCGUUGGUGGCCUUUGGGCCUCGAGAGAGGGUCUACCUCAGCAGCUACAGAGGCCUUUAUCACGACUUCUGGGAAUCGCAGGUGGAGACUCGGCAGGCGAAUCGGCCUGACCUUGUGGUAGGCUUCCACCCAG